AAUCUAUAAGAUACAUAAAUGAAUUGAAAAUUAAUUUUAAGUUUAAUUUAUAAAAAUCGCUAUACCGAUUAAUAACACAAAAAGAGAAUCGGAGAAAUAAAAUUUAUAAUAAAAUAAUUUCAUCAUUUUUUUAAAGAAAAACAAAAAACAUAAUCUAAAGAAAAAAUGUCAAUGUUUGGAGCAGAAUUUGAACAGAUAUGGCCCAAAGCCGGUACACAAUUAAAAUUAAGCGAAUUUGGACGUAAACUAUUGAAACAAUGUGAAACAAUAAAGAAGCCGGAGAACAAAGAAGUGGAUGUUAAUGAAUUUAAAAGAAAAUCUUCAAAUUUUCCUUUGGAGUUUGGCACAAAUACUUGUCGUGUUUUAAGCCAACCAAAGGAACGUUAUCCAUUUAUACAAAAACAAAUUGCCUCCGCCUAUCCGGUCAUACAUGAAAGGGUUUUACAAUUGUAUUUGGAUUUCUUGGAACAUAAAUGUCAAUAUGGCACUGCCCUAGAAAAAGAACUCUAUGAAAAACUCUCACUGACCACUUUCAUACAACGACUUCUAACACAGCGUUGUGCCAGUUUCUUUGGUCGUAAUGAUAAAUUUUUACUGUUGUCACGUGAGCGAGGUUGCAGUGGUUUUAUGGAUGUGGGCAAAGCACAUGAAAAACCACCUUUAAUAUUGAAAAAUGUUUUAAGCUAUGAUGAAGUCAAGUUAUCGGCUUUGUUAAGCGUUUCUUCUCAUACGGAGCUGAUUAACAAUGGUAAUCGUCAGAAUUGUGGAGUAAUAGAGAAAAAUAAAUCUCUUAUAGAGAGAUCGGGAGUAGUAGUGGGUAUUAUAGGGGCCCGUUUAACAAGAAGAGAUGUUAUGGAAUUUCAAGAUAUUAUUAUAGCGAAAACACAAAACACUCAAGAAAAUGGUUAUGGUUUCGGCAUAGAUGAGGAUACUACCAAUUCUAAACAUAAAGAUUAUCGUCGUAUAUGGAAACAUUUUUAUGAGGAGCCAGACUUUCUGUACAAUCAAGUGAUUAAGGAUGGCAAACGUUUUGGUGCCUCGAAAAAUAAAGAUGAUAUUUUUGAUAAUUUAAUAAUGAAAAAACGUUAUACUAUAUCCUUUGAUACUCUACUGCUCGAGGCUGAGGCUAGGGCUAAGGCUGAAGAAAAACAAGCUUAUGUUCAUGUAGUGGGUAUAGGUUUGGGUGUUUGGAAGGCAGCUGAACAACAAGAACAAAUUUUUCUGCAGACCUUUACGCAAAGAGUAAAAUAUCUAUUGCCUCAGUUACAACACAUUGGAGUCUUACAUUUCUCUUGGUUUUCUUUAAGCGAAUGUGGUGAAUUGAAAAAUGGUUAUGUUUUCAAAUCGGAAACACAUCCUCAGGGUGGUAUUAAAUGUUUUCUAUCGAAAAGAAAUCCUGCUGAUAAAUUAAAAACCCCAGAAAAUGAUAAUAUGCUUUUGAUUAUUUCUUAUGCCUGGGAUGGUAAUGCCUUACCGGGUAAUGAGUUUUGGAUGAAAAUGUUAAAAUCUACUGGUGAUUCUUCUACUGCCUGCAGUACUCUGAUAACUGAACUACAUAAUCCUCAUAUUAAUGAUGAAUAUGUCAAUGGUGAUAAUUUACAUGUGGCCACUGAAAAAUAUGGCAUUAUACAUAUAGCUGAUUAUGCCCAGAAAAUGGUCGAAUAAUAAUUUUUGUAGCAAAUCUGUAAAUAUUAAAUGUUUUAUGUUGCAACAUUCUGUUUGUGUUAUUUAUUGUAAAUAAUUUAUUCUAAACAUUGUGCAAUAUUUUUUUUAAUCUAAAU